GGAAAGACCAGGAGAACAAAGACAGCCUUAUCACAUUACACAGAGACAGUGUCACCAGGGAGCAGGCUUUGUGGCUGGUAAACGGGGGAUUCGCAGGAAGGGUUUUGUUGUUGUUAUCUCGAUAAGUUCCGCUAACUCCUGGAGCAUUCCCGUUAAUAUUCGAGUGGAGUUUUUAACCAUCUUUUGGAAACAGUUGGAAUGAAGUGCCCCCUGCUGGGUGUAAGGAGAGGGCUAUGCAAUGAAUGAAUGAUUUUUAGAGAGAGGGUCCAUCGCUCUGGGUCUGUGCUUACAGUGUCUGGGAGCUCUUUGCUAGAGAUGCCCAGCUGCCAGAAGAAGGUGACUCUGUGCGGAGCUGGUUUGCUGAGCUUGGCCUCUGCUCUGACUGCCGCCCUGGCCCUGAGCACUCCCAGCUGGGCAGAAGCUACUGUCCUGUGUCAGACUGGCGCCCAGCUCGUCAAUGCCUCAGGCAGCGAACUGGAAAAAUUCAUCGGGCGGAUCAGCUACGGGCUUUUCCACGGACAGCGACUUCGGGAGUGCGGCUUGGGAGGAAGGAGCCUGCAGAUAACAUUUUUUCCAACACUCUUGGAUGCGAUUCCUGCAGGUCUUCAUGUUGCUGUAAUACUGUUUUCUGUUGUGGUAAUUGUGUUCGCUUUGGUGGCGGCAGGAUUCUUUAUGUUCAAUGCAUUUGGAAGACCUUAUGAGACCCUCCAAGGUCCAAAUGGCCUGUACCUUUGGAAUACCAUCGCCUGUUCCAGCGGUUUUAUGGUGAUGAUACUCUUUACCUCUGAAGUAAAAACUCAUCGCCUGUCUGAGAAGAUUGCAAACUACAAAGAGGCAAACUUUGUCUUCAAGACACAGACUGAAGCUUUUGGAUAUUCUUUCUGGCUUCUCUUUGUUUGCACAGCGAUGCAUUCUGUCAACAUACUGCUCAUCAGAUUAGCUGGAAUUCAAUUCCCUUUCUUCAAACCAAAAAACGCAGAUUCAAGUAAUGGGGGAGCUGACCUUAUGUACUAAAACAUGUUAGUCCCGGCAUACUCAAGACUUGUAAGUCAACAUGUGGCUAACGUUCCCCUAAAUUUGCAUUGAAACUCUUGAACAUAAUUCAGAAUCCCGCACGUGGAUUAUAUACUGCAUUGCUCAUUGAUAGCAAUGUUUUGCCCACCUAGAUGAUAUAACGUUUGGAUAGAUAACAUUUUGGGAGAUUGAGACUAAAAAUAUGGCAAUAUUGAUGAGUCUUUGAGAAACAACAUCAUGUUGACAAGAAAACAGAAUUAAUAACCAAAGGGUUGGCCACCUGGUGUACAUUGGAAUCGUGAAUGAUUUCAAAACGAAAUUGGAUAGAAACCUGGUGGAAAUAAAUUUAAAUAACUACAAUGACAGAACAGGAGGGUGGGACUGGUAGAAUUGCUCUACAUAGACUUCAUGGGCUGGGUGGUCACUUCCUGGGCUGUAAUGACUGUAAAAUGGUUACCACCUUCGAAAUAUUGUGGUGCAGUAAUAGCAACAAACAUUUUGACAUGUGGAAAAGCUUACAUCCUUAGUGUAAGGAAAGAAGUGUCAAAUUAAGUUUUAGUGUCUUUACAUACUUUCAACAGGUAACACACAGAAGGGUUUCACAUCCUGAAAUGCACAAGGACAGGAGUAGGCCAUUCAGCCCCUCUGGCCCUGCUCUGCCAUUCAAUUAGACCCUGGUUCAAAACCCAUUUAUUAUACUUGAUGGCCUUCCUAACAAAAAGAAUAUUGUCUUUAAUCUUGGCAGCUCUAAUUGACCUCCAAUAUCUACAGAUUUUCAGGGCAGUUAAUUUCAUAUUUCUGCCACUGUUCGUGUAGAAAAGUACGUUUCUAAUUCUGUCCCUAAAUGGCUUAGCUGUAACUUGAAUAUUUUGUCCCAUUCAUUCUUCAGUCCGUAUUAAUAUUGCAAAAGAAAAUUUCAAGCUACAUAACGUUUACAAGGAAUUAAUUUUCCCUUAAGCAUUUUAAUAGUUUAUUUUCAGUUAUUUAAAGGUGUCAGUGCUAAAGGAACAACUAUAUUUAAUGUGUUGCAUUUUCAAAAAGAAUUAGUUUAGGAAAUUUAUGUAGAGUUGCGGUUUCUACAUAAAUAGCUUGGUUUCUAUUCCAUUGUUCUAAAGAAGAGUCACUGGAUUCUGUUUUCUCUCCAUAGAUGCUGCGAGACCUGCUAAGUUUCUCCAGCAAUUUCUGCCUUUGUUUAUUUUUUUCUGUCCUAUUCUAUUCAUAGCACCUUGUCCUUAACACAUAUUGGAUACGACUAGUUAUUUAUUUCCGAUGUACAGUUAACAACUAUCCUAUAGCCAUUAAUGAAAGGAGAAAGUGAGGUCUGCAGAUGCUGGAGAUCAGAGCUGAAAAAUGUGUUGCUGGAAAAGCGCAACAG